CGGCCUGAGAGCAUUUUGCGACAGGCAGCGGGAGUCGGCUGCCCUCGCUGGCUCGGUUUCCGGCGGGGGCGCGGGGCCCCUGGCUGCCGCCGCGGGCUCCUCUCGCUUCUCGCUGCGACCCCUGGCUCCUGACCCCGGUGGCGGCUCGUCUGUGGCGAGAGAGCGGGGGCCGGCCCUGCUCUGGCCUGACCUGCAAGGUGACCUUGGUCGAGUCCCCUGUCGCGCGGAGCCCGUCCCUGGAGCGGGCGUGUCAGGGACCCAGUUCUCCAGCAUUUGAGGACGCAGACUUAGAGCGGCCCCACAGGCUGCCCCGUGGCAGGGGAAGCGCUGGGCCGCCUGCGGGGAGCGGGGGAGCUCGGUCUGGGCGAGGGAGAUGCCCCUACAUGUGAAAUGGCCGUUCCCCGCCGUGCCGCCGUUCACCUGGACUCUGGCCAGCAGCGUCGUCAUGGGCCUGGUGGGCACCUACAGCUGCUUCUGGACCAAGUACAUGAACCACCUCACCGUCCACAACAAGGAGGUGCUGUACGAGCUCAUCGAGAACCGAGGCCCAGCCACGCCUCUCAUCACUGUCUCCAAUCACCAGUCCUGCAUGGAUGACCCUCAUCUCUGGGGGAUCCUGAAACUCCGCCACAUCUGGAACCUGAAGUUGAUGCGUUGGUGAGGAGGAAUGGGCCCCUCGCAGUGGGCCUGGCAGGCCUCACCCGUCUCUGCCCAGAUUUGCCCUCCUCCUGCUCUGCCCAGGAGGCGGCGUCCAGCAGUACAGGCAGGGCACGGGGUGGGGUUCCACAGGCCCUCCUGUACCUCCUUUCCACAUUGCUGAUGAUGUCAGGCAUCAUGUUGUGGGGAGGGCAGGGAAUUAGGGUGCAGGGGAGGCAGGGUUGACUGCACUGUCCCUACUUCAGGACCCCUGCGGCUGCAGACAUCUGCUUCACCAAAGAGCUGCACUCCCGUUUCUUCAGCUUGGGCAAGUGUGUGCCCGUGUGCCGAGGAGACGGCGUCUACCAGAAGGGAAUGGACUUCAUUUUGGAAAAACUCAACCAUGGGGACUGG